AUGCUGGAGCUCGGACAGAGAUGGACGAGGCUGAUCUGCUUGUCUCUUCUGUGUCUGUGUCUCUGCCUGCCGAGGGAAUCAGACGCCAGGAGAGCCCCCAAGAUACCCCGCUGUCCUGCGACCUGCUCCUGCACCAAAGACAGUGCCUUCUGUGUGGAUACCAAGGCUAUCCCCAAGAGCUUCCCCCCUGGAAUUAUCUCCCUGACGAUGGUGAAUGCAGCCUUUACCACGAUCCCAGAGGGAGCUUUCUCCCACCUUCACCUACUGCAGUUCCUGCUCUUAAACUCCAACACAUUCACCAUGAUUGCUGAUGAUGCCUUUGCUGGUCUGUCUCACCUGCAGUACCUGUUCAUUGAGAACAAUGACAUCCAGGCUCUCUCAAAGUAUACCCUCAGAGGGCUCAAAUCCCUGACUCAUCUAUCUCUCUCAAACAACAACUUGCAGCAGCUGCCAAGAGAUCUCUUCAAACAUCUAGACAUCCUCACAGAUUUAGACCUGCGGGGGAACUCCUUCCGCUGCGACUGUAAAAUCAAAUGGCUGGUGGACUGGAUGGAGAAGACCAACACUUCUGUUCCUGCUAUCUACUGUGCCAGCCCCUUCGAAUUCCAGGGACGCAGAAUCCACGACCUCGCACCUCGAGACUUCAACUGCAUCAGCGCAGAUUUCGCUGUUUAUGAAACCUUCCCUUUCCACUCUGUGUCAGUGGAGUCCUUUGAGUUCAAUGAGGAUCAGUUUGUGGUCUUUGCUCAGCCUGAUUCAGGGUUCUGCACCUUGUAUGUAUGGGAUCAUGUGGAGAUGGUCUUCAGGAUGUUUCAUAACAUUACCUCCCGCUCUGCUGUGUACUGCAAACCAGUGGUGAUAAGCAACAGUCUUUACAUGGUUGUUGCUCAACUUUUUGGUGGAUCUCAUAUCUACAAGUGGGAAGAAGACCCGCAGCGCUUUGUAAAGAUCCAAGACAUUGACACCACUCGCGUGAGGAAGCCCAACUUCGUGGACACCUUCCAGCUGGAUGAAGAGUGGUACUUCGUAGUAGCAGACAGCUCAAAGGCAGGUUCCACCAGCAUUUAUCGCUGGAACAGCAAUGGUUUCUACACCCACCAGUCCCUCCAUCCCUGGCACCGGGACACCCAUGUGGAGUUCGUUGAUGUUGGGGGAAAGCCUCACCUCAUCCUCUCCAGCGCCUCUCAGCCGCCCGUGGUUUACCAGUGGAACCGAGGCCAGAAGCAGUUUGCAUUCUUCUCCCAAAUCACUGAGCUAGCGGAUGUGCAGAUGGUUAAGCACUUCUGGGUGAGGAAGGUUCUUUACCUUUGCCUCACGCGCUUCAUAGGUGACUCCAAGAUCCUCCGCUGGGAAGGGCAGCGUUUCGUGGAGAUCCAGACUCUUCCGUCGCGGGGCUCCAUGGCAGUGUAUCCUUUCACAGUAGGCCUCCGUCAGUACCUCAUUCUCGGAAGUGAUUUCUCCUUCUCCAGAGUAUACCUGUGGGAUGACCUCACUCAGCGCUUUCAGCCCUUCCAGGAGCUUAACAUGAGGGCCCCGCGAGCGUUCAGCUUGGUAUCUGUCGACAACAAGGACAUGUUGCUGGCUGCCAGCUUCAAAGGCAACACCCUGGCCUACCAGCACCUGGUGGUGGAUCUCAGUGCUAAGUAGACAUGCUAAAAGAGCGAAAAGGAGGCUGGUCUAAGCAUUCAUCAACAUGUGCCAAAUAAAUGAAAGACUGCAAAAUGUUCAAGCCAUGUAACUAAAGGUCUGCUGUUUCACCUGAUGUUUUA